AUGUUAAAUAUAUCCAAAAGUGAAUUUGUUGCUCUAGAUAUAUCGGGCAAAACUUACAUAUUCUGGGCACUGGAUGCCAAAAUACAUUUGAAUGCGAUGGGUCUGACAGACACCAUCAAAAACAAAAAUCAGGCAUCAAAUCAAGACAGGGCUAAAGCCAUGAUAUUUCUCCGUCAUCAUCUUGACGAAGGUCUGAAAAUGGAAUAUCUCACAAUUAAGGAUCCGCUUAUAUUGUGGAAUAAUUUAAAAGAAAGAUACAACCACCUGAAGAUGGUCAUCCUUUCACAGGCACAUUAUGAGUGGACUUAUUUGAGGUUACAAGACUUUAAAAAUAUAACUAAUUAUAAUUCUGCGUUGUUUAGAAUUAAAUUGCAGUUGAAUUUUUGCGGAGAAAAUAUAACUGAUCACGACAUAUUAGAGAAAACAUUCUCUACUUUUCCUACCUCGAGUAUGCUCCUACAGCAGCAGUAUCGAGAAAUGGAAUUUAAAAAGUAUUCUGAAUUGAUUGCUCAUUUUCUUGUAGCUGAACAAUAUAAUGAGCUUUUAAUGAGAAAUCAUGAAAAUGGACCUCAUAGUACUGCUCUAUUCCCUAAAGUGAAUGUUGCACAUUUUCACCAAACUAGGCGUGAAAGAAGUCUUGACCCCAGUCGUGGUCGUGGUCGUGAUCAUUGUCGUGGAAGAGAUAGAUAUUUUAAUCAGGGUGAUCGCCUUGCAAUAAACAAUGACCCUCAACAUCAUCAGUGCAAAAAGAAUGGUGAAGCUUCUGAAGCAGCGCCAAGGACGAACACUGAAAAUAGAUGUUCUCGAUGUGGAGCAAAGGGACACUGGUCGCGUAUCUGUCGUACGCCAAAGCAUCUGGUGAAGCUCUAUCAGGCCCCUUAA